AUGUCUUCGUCGUUUAAGAAGUUGAAGAAGAAGCGAAUGAUCGCUGACAAACGAAAUUCACAUUUCUGCAGCACGCCUGUGGAAGGUGCUCGCAGGCCGAGUAGCAUAAGCGUUUCCGCUGUUGAUACCAACUCUUCGUCGAGUACAAGAGGACAAGGCAAACCUCAAGUAAUACAGAAGGUUCCUCUUAAAAAACGGAUAAAGAAAAGAAAGCAGCUGACGAGGGAGCUUGAAAGAAAGGAGAAACCUUCGUUCAAGGUGGUCACUUCUGGGUCCGGGAAUGAUGUCUUGUUCAAAUCUCCGGAAAGGGUUCGAGAAGCACCACGUUUCAUCGAUGACCACCUGGAAUCGUCACCUUUUCCAUUUAGGAGACAGGAAGUCGAAAGUCCAAAGAGGAUCAGCUUUACCGAGGAAGAGGGAACGUUGCCUUUGAAGGAAUUGCCAUUUUGUUCUAAUAUAUAUUAUUUUGAUACCGAUGAGGAAGAGGAUUCGUUAAAACUCAGAAGAGAAAGGACGAUUAAGACGUAUCUUGGUCUGAGGCCAACGAAACCACGAGGAAAUGAUUUGAGGAUUGAAAAAUGCAAAGAAUGGUUGGUCGAUGUGCCAAUUCCAACGGCGUCGAGUAAUCUUCUUUGGGAUGAUUUCGUUAAGAAUAAUCACAAAACAAUUAGCAAGUAUCUUGCAUCACCUAAUAAUGACAGAAAGAAAUCGUUAUUGACCAGACGUCAUAGACAACGAAAUAACGAGACCGACGACGAGGACGAUGAAAACGAAGCUGCAGAAGAAUGGUACAAUGUAAAUAGUGUAGUAACUGAAUCAGGUAAGAAGAUGGCCGUUGCGUGUGGACACUGUGACAAAUAUUCACGAAAAUGGGUUCGAUAUAACGAUGUGUACAAUUUCCCUGAAAGGGAUGAUGACGACCGUGAUGUAAAGGACGAAACCAGAGAGAGGAUAACCCUGAACCAAUUUCUUGAAAAAUGUAGGGCUAAGAAAACAAAGGGAGAAUUGGGGUCAAGUUCUUCGUCUCCAAUAUAUCAGCAAAGUAAAAGAAAGAAAAGAUUUCGUGAAAAUUCCGAGUCUGAUACGAAAAUGUCGAAAAGAGAAAUGGCAAACGUGACGGAAUCAGAAUUGCAGAGGAUACGCGAAGUUCGAAAAUUCGCAUCACGAUUAAACGCAAAAGAAAAAACAAUUAAUUACAACGAGAUAUCGUUAGCCACAACUUCAAAAAACAACACUUCAGAUUUAAGAGUAUCUUCCUUAAAAAGAGUAAAUACGAGAGGUACAGACGACAGGAAAGACAAUUGCAAAAGGCGAAAACAAAUUGAUACAAAAAGUAAACCUAAGAUUAAGGCGGUAACCUCAUUAAUUUCAGUGCGAUUUGUAAAAGGCAAACAACAGUGGCGAAUCACAAAUGCUAUUUAA